AUGGCGUCCUUUUCAAUAGGUGUUUGGCUGUAUGGGGCUAGAGGCAAGCACUUUCAUGCUCACUCAAGAUGCAGUGCUAUAUCCAAAUCUCGCACUCAAGGAUAUGCAGACUUGUUUCAUCAACAAAAUGGUCUGCCAUUGAUAAAAUGGCCUCACGAUGUUGUGGAGGAUGACACAGAAGAAGAUGCUGCUAAGGUUUCUGUAGCUAAGGAAAUAGACGAGCAUGUCAAAACUAUUAAAGCAAUGCUGGAAAUGAUGGACGAUGGAGAGAUAAGCAUCUCAGCUUAUGACACCGCAUGGGUUGCUCUUGUGGAAGACAUUAACGGGAGUGGUCUUCCUCAAUUCCCAUCUAGCCUUCAGUGGAUUGCAAACAAUCAGCUUCCAGAUGGUUCAUGGGGUGAUGCUGAAAUAUUUUUGGCGCAUGAUAGGUUGAUUAAUACGCUAGCAUGUGUUGUCGCAUUGAAAUCAUGGAAUUUACAUCAAGAAAAAUGUGAAAAAGGUAUGUUAUUCUUUAGAGACAACUUAUGCAAGCUUGAAGAUGAAAACGCUGAGCACAUGCCUAUUGGAUUUGAAGUUGCUUUCCCUUCACUUCUCGAGAUAGCUAAAAAAUUAGACAUCGAAGUUCCUUAUGAUUCUCCUGUCCUGCAAGAAAUUUAUGCCAGGAGAAAUUUAAAGCUGACAAGGAUACCCAAGGACAUAAUGCACAAUGUGCCCACAACACUACUCCACAGCUUAGAAGGAAUGCCAGGCCUGGAAUGGAAAAGGCUUCUAAAAUUACAGAGCCAAGAUGGGUCAUUCUUGUUCUCCCCAUCCUCCACUGCCUUCGCACUCAGUCAAACUAAAGAUACAAACUGCAUGGAAUAUUUAAAUAAGGCGGUCCAAAGAUUUGAAGGGGGAGUCCCCAAUGUCUACCCGGUUGACUUAUUUGAGCACAUAUGGGCCGUGGAUCGUUUGCAGCGCUUGGGAAUAUCAAGAUAUUUCGAAUCCCAGAUCGACGAAUGUGUCAGUUAUAUUCAUAGAUAUUGGACUGAAGAUGGCAUUUGCUGGGCAAGAAACUCCGAGGUCCAUGAUAUUGAUGACACAGCCAUGGGAUUCAGGGUACUAAGGUUAAAUGGGCACCAUGUAUCUGCUGACGUGUUCAAGCAUUUUGAGAAAGGCGGUGAAUUUUUCUGCUUUGCGGGGCAGUCAACAGCGGCAGUAACAGGAAUGUUCAACCUGUAUAGAGCUUCUCAGCUGCUGUUUCCGGGAGAGAAGAUCCUUGAGAAGGCCAAGGAAUUCUCAUUCAAAUUCCUAAGAGAAAAACAAGCUGCUAAUGAACUUCUAGAUAAAUGGCUUAUAACGAAGGACUUACCUGGCGAGGUGGGAUUUGCAUUGGAAAUUCCAUGGCAUGCGAGCUUGCCUCGCGUGGAGUCGAGAUUCUACAUAGAACAGUAUGGUGGUGAAGAUGACGUAUGGAUUGGGAAGACCCUUUACAGAAUGCCAUAUGUAAACAACAAUGAGUAUCUCCAGCUGGCAAGAUUAGACUACAACAACUGCCAAGCAUUACAUCGCAUUGAAUGGGCCAAUUUUCAAAAGUGGUAUGAAGAAUGCAAUCUAACAGAUUUUGGGAUAAGCAGAAAAACCCUUCUCUACUCUUAUUUUUUGGCAGCAGCCAGUGUAUUUGAGCCGGAAAGGUCCAUUGAGCGAGUUGCAUGGGCUAAGACUACGAUCUUGCUCGAGAUGAUCCACUCUUAUUUCCACGAGGAUAAUGACAGUUCUGGUGCUCAGAGGCGAACUUUCGUACAUGAAUUCAGCACUGGUAUUAGCAUUAAUGGAAGGAGGUCGGGUACAAAGAAGACAAGGAAGGAACUCGUUAAGAUGGUGCUCGGAACCCUAAAUCAGCUCUCUUUUGGCGCAUUGGAGGUUCAUGGUCGAGACAUUAGCCACAGUUUGCGUCAUGCUUGGGAAAGGUGGCUCUUGAGCUGGGAAUUGGAAGGAGAUAGACGCCGAGGGGAAGCAGAACUACUGGUGCAGACAAUAAACCUUACUGCUGGCUAUAAGGUCUCUGAGGAGCUCUUGGUCUAUCAUCCUCAAUAUGAACAGCUCGCCGACCUGGCAAACAGAAUAUGCUAUCAACUUGGUCAUUACCAGAAGAACAAGGUGCAUGACAACGGAAGCUACAGCACUAUUACCGGUAGCACUGACAGAAUCACAACCCCACAAAUAGAAUCUGACAUGCAAGAACUUAUGCAGUUAGUGAUCCAAAAGACCUCGGAUGGAAUAGAUGCUAAAAUCAAGCAAACAUUCCUUCAAGUAGCCAAGAGUUUUUACUAUACCGCAUUCUGUGAUCCUGGGACUAUCAACUACCAUAUAGCUAAAGUGCUUUUUGAGACAGUGGCUUAGCCUUUAUAUGUAUUUGUAUUAUAGCCAUUUCAUCAGUGCUUUCUUGUAAACGAAAACCACAAAUGAAUAAAAUCAUUCAA